UCGCCUUCGCUGCACCCGGCCAGAACAUGCAUGGAGCCGCUGAUACUGGUGGAACCGUGCGCCAGCUACCUGACGAACUCCAGCGUGCGGGCGCCGCCCAGAGCGUGCUGCGACGGCCUCAGGUCGCUCGUCGGCGGCGGCGACAGGAUUUGCCUGUGCCACGCCAUCAUGGGCGACCUGGGUAUAUUUGCAGGCGGGACGAUAGACCAGCUACGCAUGCUCGUGCUGCCUCUAACGUGCACCACGUUCAUACCGCCGGACCUUCUUCUGAUGUGCCUCGGCAAUUAACCCUGUCCCGCCGAUUCUGUAAGGCGCGGGGUGCUCCGGGCGGCAGCUGCUACUACUCCUACAUGCUAUCCCUUUUUCUUUUCUUUUUUCCCCUUGUGCUACAUACUCCACCGGUCACUGGGCACCACACCGGUCAUUGUUGUACUAGUUGGCAGCCCUGUUCGCAGACGUGUGGCCACACACUUAUCUUGUAACACAGCCGAUAUCGUUGAAUAAGAAAUAGAGA